AUGACUCUAUUGAAAACCCUGUUUAAAAUAUUAUCUGCAUCAUUUAUAACCGGCUUUGUAAUUAUUCUUUAUUUAUUCUAUCAAAACACAUCAUCUUUAUUUUUCAUCAAUGAAAAUUCCUAUCAUUAUGAUGUUAACGAUUAUCUAUUGGAAUAUAAAAAUAAUUCUAUAUUAACAAAUAUAAAUGUAAUACCUUUUCCACAAUUUAUUGAUAAGAAAAAUUCCAUAUUAGUAAUAGUAAAUGGUUUUCGAAUUAUAUCAAAGCAAAAACCUACAAAAGAUCUCGAAUUAACUCUUCGUCGUUAUUCAAAAUAUAUUUCAUUAUUAACAGGAAUACCGAUAGAGAUUGAGCGAAAGUUGGUAUCAUCAAAACAUAAUCUUAUUAUUGAUUGUCCAUCAAUCAAGUCAAAUAUAAAUAAAUAUCCAAAACUCGGUGAAGAUGAAUCUUAUAGACUUAAUAUAACAAAAAUAGGUUCAUAUUUAUAUGCAUCAUCAUCAACAGGUAUUAUUCGAGGUUUAUCAACAUUUGUUCAAUUAAUUGAACGAGAUAUAUCAUCAGAAAAAACUUAUAUUCCAUUAGUAAAUAUAAUUGAUCGGCCUCGAUUUAUGUGGCGAGGUUUAUUACUAGAUGUAUCUCGUCACUGGAUGCCUGUAACAGUAAUUGAACGAACAUUAAAUGCAAUGGAAUUAAGUAAACUUAAUGUUCUGCAUUUACAUUUAUCCGAUGAUCAAGGUUUUCGUGUUGAAAGUAUUGAAUAUAAUUUGUUACAUGAUAGAAAAGAUUUUUUUACACAAAAAGAUAUUCAAUAUCUUGUUGAAUAUGCUCGACAACGACGUAUACGUAUUAUACCUGAAUUUGAUAUUCCUGGUCAUACAACAAGGUAA